AUGUCGUUUCGCGGAAGAGGAGGUGGAGGUGGCCGUGGUGGAUUUGGAGGCCGCGGUGGAGGUCGUGGAGGUUUCGGCGGUGGCCGAGGUCGUGGCGGAGGCGGCGGCGGCGGUUACAGGCAACAAGAUUUUGGUCCACCUGAAUCGGUGAUACCGCUUGGACAUUACGGAUGGACUGUUCAAGACGACUUAGUUUGUAAAGUGGAUAUUGAAGAUGUGCCUUACUUUAACGCGCCGAUUUACUUAGAAAACAAAGAACAGAUCGGUAAAAUCGAUGAAAUUUUUGGUAAUUUGCGAGAUUACUACGUGUCAGUGAAACUAGGAGAUAACAUAAAAGCGAAGAGUUUUAAAGAUGGCCAGCAGUUUUUUAUUGACCCAGCGAAACUAUUGCCUUUGAAGAGGUUCCUUCCACAACCCCCGGGAGCGAAAAGAGGCGUCGGCCGUGGAGGCCCGCGGGGAGGUCGUGGUGGAGGUUUCAAUCGGGGUGGUGGCGGUCGUGGCGGUGGCUUCAACAGAGGGGGCGGCGGCCGCGGUGGCGGUUUCAACAGGGGAGGUGGUGGCUUCGGCCGCGGCGGUGGUGGCGGUGGAUUCGGUCGUGGUGGUGGCGGAGGGGGCGGUGGUAGAGGAGGUGGUUUCCGCGGCGGUCGCGGCAGAUAC